CGGGCAAUUCGCAACCCAUGAUGAGAGGCAUCAGCGACGAUGGUACAAUCGUCGUGCCGGGGAUGCACGUACGGAGCUGGUCUUCCACGACAAGCCACUUGGGUGCCCUCAGCAUCAAUCUUCCUGGACGCGUCGUUGUCUCGUGCUCAGGGAAUGCCACAGCGACCACGACGACCACGGUCGUGACCGUCACCUCGACAACACCGGCCCUUCUGUCACUCGUCCAGGCGGACAUCGCCAUUACAGCAGACGACAUCAAUCAACUCACGCUUCGUUUGGCCACGAGCGACGUUGACACCGAGGGCACCCUCCUUGUCCAUGUCACCCUAGGCCAUCCCGUGCACACGUUCUCCACGGUCGCAGAAACACUGGUGGAGUCUGGUGCGCUGGCAGUGGCACCGACGUCGACGAACCCCAUGUAUAUCACGUCGUACAGCAAUGCCGCCGUUUGGAUCGAGUCGUCAUUACCCGUGGCUGCACCUGGCCUGUCCAUCACAACCAGCGGCGCCGGCGAUGUCUACUUCAGUGCUCCGUCGAUUCAUGUCGAGCGCAAUUUGAAGGUCACGAUAUUCGCCCAGGGAUCCGUGUCGCUGCAAUCGAAAUCAAUCUAUGCCAACACGAUCAAGUCCGAAGUGCCGGGACGCGGGUCCGUGUUUCUGCAGGGCGACGUACAGGCGUCGCACCUGAUCAGCGACCUCCUCGGCAUGGGCUCAGUCAAUUACUUUCCAUUUGGGUCGUGCAACGACAGCAAGAUUAGCAUUGUCGGGUCUGGAAACGCGUACUUGGGGUCUGUGGCUUGCGUCACGGCCAGCGUCAACACGGUCGGGAACGGCGACGCGUAUGUCCAGGUCGCGGGCACUCUGGUCCGCUCCGGAUUCGGGUCGGGCUCGAUCAAUUACUUCAACGGAACGCCCAAGCACUUACCCGAGAAUUCCGGUGGUCAGUCAUUUCCGUUCGUGCGGCAGCCCACCGUCGCUGCCACAACCACCAACAAGUACGAGAUUGCUAAGGUGGUACCCCAACCGCCGUGGCACGAAGGGUCGUUCGUGCUGGUUCGGCUCUCGUCCGCAACGCUGCGGUGGCCACCCAUUCUAAUGGACGUGAAGCUGUCGCCUCUCAUGGAUGCCACUUCAAGUAUUGAAACACUCGGCAUUGUGGGCAUCUUUGUGUUGGUCGUGGUGGGCAUACUAGUCGUGGUCACCAAGCGGAUCCGGCGAGGCGGCUACGAGCUCGUGCAAUAAAGAAAAAUUCAUAUGUUCAUAGAAUGGCUGGUCCAACAUUUGAAAAAU